GACUUGACCGCUGCCUUCAUCAUCGGCGCCGCCAUCGCCAUGAUGUCCUCAAACCUGUUGCGCGCCAGGGUGCCCAAGGCCCUGGCUGCCACCAGGAGCCAUGCGGCCCUCUUCUCCACAAGCUCCCGCCGCGCUGAGCAGCAGCUCAACAAGACUUCGGCCAAGAUCACACAGCCCAAGUCCCAGGGUGCGUCGCAAGCCAUGUUGUACGCUACCGGCUUGACCGAGGAGGACAUGAACAAGCCGCAGGUCGGCAUCUCGUCGGUCUGGUACGAGGGCAACCCCUGCAACAUGCACAUCCUUAAGCUCUCGGAGCGGAUCCGUGAUUCCGUCAAGGCCGCCAACCUGGUCCCCAUGCGCUUCAACACCAUUGGAGUCUCGGACGGCAUCAGCAUGGGUACCACCGGCAUGCGCUACUCGCUGCAGAGCCGUGAGAUCAUCGCCGACAGCAUCGAGACCGUCAUGCAGGGCCAGUGGUACGAUGCCAACAUCUCCAUCCCGGGCUGCGACAAGAACAUGCCCGGUGUUCUCAUCGCCCUCGGCCGCGUCAACCGCCCCAGUUUGAUCGUCUACGGCGGCACCAUCAAGCCCGGUUGCAGCCAAAAGGGCGAGCCCAUCGACAUCGUCAGCGCCUUCCAGGCCUACGGCCAGUACCUCACCGGCGAGAUCACCGAGGAGCAACGUUUCGACAUCAUCCGGAACGCGUGCCCGGGCGGCGGCGCAUGCGGUGGCAUGUACACCGCCAACACUUUGGCGUCGGCCAUCGAGACUCUGGGCAUGAGCUUGCCCGGAAGCAGCAGCAACCCCGCAGAGCACCCGAGCAAGCUGACCGAGUGUGACCAGGUUGGCGAGGCCAUCAAGAACAUCCUCCGCGAGGACAUCCGACCCCGCGACAUCAUGACGAGGCAGGCAUUCGAGAACGCCAUGGUUGUAGUCAGCAUUCUCGGUGGAAGCACCAACGCCGUCCUGCACCUGCUUGCCGUUGCCGACGCGGUCGGCGUCAAGCUUACCAUCGACGAUUUCCAAGCCGUGUCCGACCGGAUACCGCUUUUGGCAGACCUCAAGCCGUCGGGCAAAUACGUCAUGGAGGAUGUACACAAGAUCGGCGGCACGCCUUCUCUUCUGCGCUUCCUGGCCAAGGAGGGCCUUAUCGAUGCUUCUGGCGUUACCGUCACGGGCAAGACCAUGAAGGAGAACUUGGACAAGUACCCCGACUUCCCGGCCGACCAGCCCAUCAUCCGUCCCCUCAGCAACCCCCUCAAGGCCACGGGCCACAUCCAGAUCCUCCGCGGUAGCCUCGCACCCGGUGGCUCUGUCGGUAAGAUCACAGGCAAGGAGGGUCUUCAGUUCACCGGCAAGGCGCGCUGCUACGACUGCGAGGACGACUUUAUCGAGUCGCUGGAGCGGGGCGAAAUCAAGAAGGGUGAGAAGACGGUCGUCAUCAUCCGUUACGAAGGCCCCAAGGGUGGUCCCGGCAUGCCCGAGAUGCUCAAGCCCAGCUCGGCCAUCAUGGGUGCCGGGCUCGGUAAGGACGUGGCCCUGAUCACGGACGGACGCUUCUCUGGCGGUUCACACGGAUUCCUCAUUGGACACGUGGUGCCCGAGGCCAUGGAGGGUGGACCUAUCGCACUGGUUCGGGACGGCGACACCAUCACGAUCGAUGCGGAGAAGCGGGUGAUCGACACGGACGUGUCAGACAAGACUAUGGCGGAGCGCCGCGCCGAGUGGAAGGCUCCCCCAAGCAGGGUGACGAGGGGAACGCUGGCCAAGUACGCGGCGCUGGUGAGCGACGCGAGCAGUGGUUGCGUGACGGACAAGGUCGCACGGUAA